UGCUCCCUCAACGCCACCCCAGGGCUCAAUGGGUAAGUAGAGUCAUUGCAUCAGCGUCGACACCACCCUGUUGCCGCCGGGCGGCUCGAUUUGGAGAGGACAGGAACGACUAUCACACUGUUGACUGGUCUGCUGUUGUGGCGUUUGUGGGGCACUUUGCAUACGACGCACCUCACCACUCCGUUCUGAGCGGUGGCUUUCUCUCCUGACAGUGCAUGGCUUGAUGAACCUCAUCACCUGGCCCUCCAUACUGUUGUUAUGGUGUCAAAGAGUGGGCUUGUUUCUUCCAGACUCGACAGCAUCACGAGCGCCCACUCAUCGCAAGGGGACAUCGACAGAAGGAACAGACGAAGAAGAAAAAACCGCAACACCAACGGCCAACGGCGCAAAACCAGCCAAUCCCUCUACUCCAUCUAACCUGCGGGAAGAUGCGGUGGGGACGGAUCAUGGUCAAGGUCUUGAGGUCUGUGUGCCAGUCAGUGCGGGCUGCAUCUCGGUAUGCAAGGUACCAGGGGUAAAGAUGGUGGGAGUUGGGAAGAACAUAGGUACGGUUACAAGUGUGCUGCGUGCAAGAGUCUAAGAGGCAAGACUGGUGUGAUGAGACAACGAGAAAUCAUCAGAGAGGAUGAGGAAGAAGAAAGCGCUGUAGAGACCUGGCCAAGAAUGAUGCACUUUGAUAUGUGAGCGCCUCUGC